GGAUGAUUCCUCUGCAGAGAUUAUUUUUGAAUGGAAGCAUGUUCUUUUCCAGUAGAAGAUGGUGAUCUUAGUGUAUGAUCAUGGAGAAGGGGAUAAGUUCAGUAGAAGUGAUACCUUCCAAAUCGUCUCAGGUUACAGCUGUGAAAGUGCUGGUCAAAGAGCGCGAAACAAAGCAGACCCAAAGAGGCAGACGAGUGGGAUUUGUGCUCGUUCAUGCAGGUGCAGGUUACCAUUCUGAAUCCAAAGCUAAAGAAUACAAGCAUGUGUGCAAAAGGGCCUGUCAGAAGGCAAUUGAAAAGCUACAGGCUGGUGCUCUUGCAACAGAUGCUGUGACUGCAGCACUUAUAGAAUUAGAGGAUUCUCCUUUUACAAAUGCAGGAAUGGGAUCUAACCUAAACCUUCUGGGUGAGAUAGAAUGCGAUGCCAGUAUAAUGGAUGGAAAGUCAUUAAAUUUUGGAGCAGUUGGAGCACUGAGUGGAAUCAAGAAUCCAGUUUCAGUUGCAAAUAGAUUGUUGUGUGAAGGGCAGAAAGGAAAACUCUCUGCUGGCAGAAUUCCACCUUGCUUUUUAGUUGGUGAAGGAGCUUACAGAUGGGCAGUUGAUCACGGGAUACCAGCAUGUCCUCCAGGGUUUAGUUUAGCAGCUUUUAAGAGGAACAAGAGGAAGCUGGAGUUGGCCGAAAAGGUGGAAACAGAUCUCAUUCAACUAAAGAAAAGAAGACAAUCAAAUGAAAAGGGCUCCAGAGUCAUGUGCAGCACUUGUGGGAGACUCCCAAAGACCAAAGAUGGUGGUAAAGGAGGUGAUCAAAUAGAUCUCUGCUCACCGGAGAACGACUCAGGAACAUUGGAUACAGUUGGUGCAGUUGUUGUUGACCAAGAAGGAAACGUUGCUGCUGCUGUCUCCAGUGGAGGUUUAGCAUUAAAACACCCUGGGAGAGUUGGUCAGGCAGCUCUUUAUGGUUGUGGCUGCUGGGCUGAAAAUACAGGAGCUCAUAACCCUUACUCCACAGCUGUGAGUACUUCAGGUUGUGGAGAGCACCUUGUACGAACCAUACUGGCCAGGGAAUGUUCGUGUGCUUUGCAAACGGAAGAUGCUCACCAAGCCCUUCUAGAGACUAUGCAAAACAAAUUUAUUGGUUCGCCUUUUCUAGCCAAUGAAGAUGGUGUACUUGGAGGUGUGAUAGUUCUUCGGUCUUGCAGAUGUGCAGCAGAGGCUGACUCCUCGCAGGAAAAGCCAACUUUACUAGUGGAGUUUCUGUGGAGCCACACAACAGAGAGCAUGUGUGUAGGAUAUAUGUCCGCACAGGAUGGCAAAGCUAAGGUAAGCCUGGAAUAG